CAUAAUUUACAAGUGCCCAAAGCAAAACACUACGACUGAUCGUGCGCGCACCUACGAUCACGCGUUUUACGACUACCACUCUAUCGCCCCGGCUCGUCACUCUUCACUGGCUCCUUCUUCCAUGUGCACAACCGCGGUUCGAUACAGCUGCCACCGGGUGCGAUGAACAGCACACCACGAGGACCAGGCGGAUUUCCCGCAACUCCGCAGACGAUCAGGUCCUCUGGCGUGUAUAACACCGCUGAGACAACUCCAAGUCGACCGAAUGCCAGAAAGACACUGCCCAACGUACCUACAGCCACAGAACAUGUCCGCUCUGGUCCCUGGCUUUCAACGGACAUUUUGGACGCGGCGACACAGCGCUUCUAUGUUUUCGGUUUCUAUGUCGCAAUCUGGGCAUGGCGUCUCUAUGACUUCUACACGUUGGCAGUAGACCAAGAGGAGUCGCUUGGUUUAUGUCUGAAAUGGUGCUUCAUUGAUAUGGUGUGGAUGUUCGGGCUACCGCUACUGGAAAUACCUUGGCUGGAGUGGAACAAUGCGACGGCUUUUCUACUUUUCAUCCUUCACGCCGCCCUGGAUGUCAUGCUCAUGUUCCGGGUUGGGUUACCACUGCAAGCCUGGUGCGUGUCGCUGUUAGCGUUCCUCUAUGACAGCGAACUGGCAAUCAGCGAGCGUAGCGUCAAGCAAGGUUCCAUUCUUCACAAUGCCUCACUCAUCUUAGGCAAGCAGAUCAUUAACAUCUUGCCUGAAGGAUCCGCUAUCUUGAAUCCGGGUCGAGAAAGCUUCUGUUUAAAUUCCUCGAUCACGGCUCUUGAAAUUCCCAUUCUUAUCAACCAGACCGAACCCGUCGAGAUUGAGCUCUUGCGCAUUGAUAUCGAUACCAAUCAGAACGAGACGAUAACUAUAAAAAGGGGUGAAUUGAAGAGUUUAUUGAAGAAAGCAAGGAGAGCUACAAAACAUGUUGACCCUAACGAACCCCUACUGUUACGCCACAGUGUUAAAAAAACGGGCAUUUAUCUCCUCAAAAAAGUCUUAGACCAAUCAAAACUCGAGGUACGACCACGCUCAUCAAAUGUGGUCGUCGCCACCUGUCCGCAAGCACGCGUCGUUCCAACAAAUCUAAAUCGUUGCCGGAAUGAUCUAGCGAAUGUUGCACUUGAAAUCGAAGGGACCCCCCCACUCAGUAUCAAAUAUCGGUUGACUGUCAACGGCCAGUCACGCGGCACAUCCGAAUUCCAAAGUCUACAGCCCGAUGACUAUCUCUCGCCUCUAUCUAGACAUACUUCCCAGGCGUUGCUUCAUAGCAGCCGUGAAGAUGUUGCAUGGGCUCGCUCGCAGAAAGUGACAGUAGCACUAAAGGAAACUUUGGCUAGCAGUGGAACCUGGAAGUACUCUAUCGAAGAAGUGCAGGACGGCUUCGGCAAUUUUGUCAGCUAUGUCGUCCAUGAUGACGAAGAACACGUGAGCAAACACAAGCCAUUUGGUGUUUAUCAAUCCUUUUCCGUUCAUGAACGUCCUAGAGUUGCACUUGAUGGCUGCAACCAGCAGAAGCCUCUUCGUGUGGCAAAGGGCAACGUUGAGAAAUUGCCUCUCAAGUAUCAAUCUACCGGAAAGCAGGCAAUCGAUGCGCCACACAUAAUAGAAUACCUCUUUACUCCCCAAGGCAGUCUCCUGCCCGAUGGUACACACGCACCGGAUGCAACACUGAAGAAGGAAACCAUGCGCUCAAUUCGAGAACGACCACUGAUCUCCGAAGCCGGUCUCUACACUGUAACGUCAGUAUCGACAGAAUAUUGCGAAGGUGAAGUUCUCGAGCCAGCCUCAUGCCUAUUACAGAAUCCCCCAGAACCUGUAUUGGCAUUACAAAGCGAAGAUAUCGUCGAUAAAUGCGCCGGAAACCCUAUCGGACUGCGUGUGGAUCUGGACUUGAUUGGUACGCCCCCUUUCGUGGUCAAAUACACACAGCAGAGGAACCGAGAAAGACCACAGCAUAAGCUAGUCAAAAUCGAUUCUCUCCGUGGUACUUUGGAACUCACUCCUGACGAUGCGGGGCAUUAUACGUAUUCUUUCGAAUCCAUUCGGGAUCGCAUAUAUUCAGAGCGACCUCUGAGCCAACAACUAUCGCAGGAUGUGAAGCCAUCUGCAUCUGCACAAUUCAUAGAUGCUCAUGAUAUUAAACAAGCCUGUAUAGACGACUCUGUAGACUUCAACGUCAGAUUAUGGGGCGAGGGGCCUUGGACGCUGGAAUUUGAAUUAAUCCACAAUGGAAAACGAAUCAAAGACUCCAAGGUUGUAGAAGACCAGGUCCAUACUAUUAAGACACCUCGACUCAAGUCUGGAGGCGAAUACAUUUUGUCUUUAACAAGCGUGACGGACAAGAUGAACUGCAAGGAGUGGUUGACCAAGGAAGAAGCAAAAGUCAACGUGCGUCACGAGCGGCCAAAGGCUUAUUUCGGACAUAUCGAAGGGAAACAAGAUGUUUUGGCGCUUGAAGGCCGGAAGGUGAAUCUGCCCCUUCGUCUCACCGGUACCGGACCCUGGAAACUUGAAUACAAGAACCUGGACAAUGAGCGGAUCGAGAAAACGACGGUACGCGGCGCCAACGAUCACAUCGAGGCCAGUGCCCAAGGGGCGUACAAACUUUUGUCUGUUAGCGACUCGGUCUGUCCAGGUCUUAUUGACCAUAAAGCUGACGUCUUCUCUGUCAGCUGGGUUCCGCGACCGAAGCUCAGCAUCCCAGAAUCAGCCUCUAUGGUCUUCGACGGAAUUAAGUACGUAAAAGAAGCUGUAUGUGAAGGUGACGAAGACUCCUUUGACAUACUACUACAAGGCAGUACGCCUUACGAUGUCACUUAUGAACAGCAAUUCAAGGAUAAGGUGAACGGCAAAACCGCUGCCCUUAGCAAGAAGGAUCUGAAGGCCGUAGGUUCAGUCGCAUCUAUUCGAGCGGAAACAUCAAAAGCUGGCUUCUACGAAUACAAAUUCGUCAAGGUUGCGGACAGCAAAUACGAUCAUUCAUCAAAGCAUUUCGCACCGACAGUCCUUCAGCAAACAGUCUACUCGCUUCCAAGUGCUCGUUUCGACAAGCCGGGAAAGGUAUACAGCUUUUGCACUGCCCGUGAAGUGGAAGGGGAAGAGGUCAUACCGGUAACAAUGGAAGGGGUACCUCCCUUCUAUCUCGAAGUUGAGAUCAAGCAUACUGGCACGCCAAAGCCGGAAAUCAGCAUCCACAAAAACAUACCUUCGCACAGGUUCGAUGUCAAGAUUGAUCAACGCAAGUUACACCUCGGAACAUCAAUGGUCACAAUCCGCAAAAUCCGCGACUCUCGUGGCUGUACGCGCAAGCUACAGUCGGUCUCGCACCGCGUUCAGCUCAGCGUACACGAUGCACCAACAGCAACACCACUCGAGGAUCGCACUGACUUCUGUGUUGGUGAGCGCCUAUCAUUUGCCCUUGGUGGACAGGUUCCAUUCACUGUCUACUACACCUUUGAGAAUCAAGAACGAAAGGCGUCGAAUGCGGGCACAACCUUUAGGCGUCUCGCAGAACUACCUGGCACGUUCACUAUCACUGGUCUCCGGGACUCCGCGAGUGAAUGUUUGGCUGCCCUUGAGCUCACCAAGCGAAUCCAUCCAAUCCCGUCUGUGCGUCUCUCUGGCGGCCAGGUCUCCCAAGUGGAUAUUCACGAAGGUGGUGGAACCGAUCUUGAAUUUCAAUUUUGGGGUACGCCUCCAUUCGAGUUCACGUAUACAAGAAGUACGAACGCGGCGAAAGGAAAGAAGAGCAAAGUACUAGAAAUCAGGACAGAAAUCAGCCACGAACGAGAAUUGCGAAUUCCCGUGCAAGAGGAAGGUACAUAUGAAGUCGUCAGUAUCAAGGAUCGCUGGUGUAGUUUUGCAAGGGGCUUGGAUGGGCAGGGCGUCGUUGGGGAGGGGAACAGAAGGGGUAAGAAACUGCUGCAAUAGAAACAGACACGACCGUCGAGGCGCGAUGCCUCGACGAAGAAUGAAAUGAUUGAGCAUUUGUAGGCGUUUCAUGGGAGAUCCAAAUUCUUGUCAACAGGCAAGGAGCCGAUUCGCCUCUUCGACGGUAUAAGAUGUAUAAUAGCGUGUACUUAAUAUAGACCUUGUUCAUUUCGC